UCUCCGAUCAAAAAAAAAAAAAAAAAACAGAGAGCACAAGAAAAUGCAGAUCUUUGUGAAAACCCUAACGGGGAAGACGAUAACCUUAGAGGUCGAAUCAUCCGACACGAUCGACAAUGUGAAGGCCAAGAUCCAGGACAAGGAAGGGAUCCCACCGGAUCAGCAGCGACUGAUCUUCGCCGGGAAGCAGCUGGAAGACGGAAGGACACUCGCCGAUUACAACAUCCAGAAGGAGUCGACGCUUCACCUGGUUCUCCGUCUGAGAGGAGGAGCGAAGAAGAGGAAGAAGAAGACGUACACGAAGCCCAAGAAGAUCAAGCACAAGCACAAGAAGGUGAAGCUCGCGGUUCUGCAGUUUUACAAGGUCGAUGGAAGUGGGAAGGUUCAGAGGCUGAGGAAAGAGUGUCCUUCGGUGAGCUGUGGUCCGGGGACGUUCAUGGCGAGUCAUUUCGAUAGGCAUCACUGUGGGAAGUGUGGAACCACUUAUGUCUUUAAGAAGCCUGAUGAAGAGUGAUGAGUGAUCGCUAGGUGUUAUGUUUUGGCCUCUCCUUUUAAAUUGAAUUAUCGUUUAUUCAGAUAAUUUUUUGAGACUUUAAUUUUAUUUUAUCAGAUUAUAU